GUUAAACGUUUCCACACAGAAGUCUGUCAGUGAUGUUGAUGUUCAUCUAAACGCGAUUAAUCUACAAUAAUUCUCAUUUACUGCUCCAGAUAUUCUCACAUGAGCAUUAGUGAUGUUGAAGUUUAAAUAUGGAGGCCACGUCAGUGUUAAAGAUCUGUCUGCUGUGGACUCCAUCACCAGCCGCUGCGCUCGACUCAAUCAGCUGCUGCAGGGAAAGUGCAGCGCGUCGGGCGUUUCCAGAGAAACUCUGAUUGAUGCUUUUCUGCUGCUCUAUCAAGAGUGCGCCACACCAGAGCUCAUGAAGAUCAAACAUGUGGCCAACUUUGUCAAUAAAUAUUCUGAAUUAGUGGCUGAAGUUCAGGAGCUGCUUCCUGGGAAGAAGGAUUUUGAGGUGAGGGGCAUCGUGGGAAGGGGACACUUCUCCGAGGUGCAGGUGGUGAAGGAGAAAGCUACAGGAGAUGUGUACGCCAUGAAGAUCAUGGACAAAACCAGCCUGCGUUCACAGGACAAUGUGGCGUUCUUUGAGGAAGAGCGAAGCAUCCUGGCCCUGAACCCAAGUCCCUGGAUCCCUCAGCUCCAGCACGCUUUCCAGAACCAGGACUAUGUCUAUCUGGUGAUGGAGUUUCUGCCCGGCGGUGAUCUCAUGGCUUUGAUGAACAGAUAUGAAGAUCAGUUAGAUGAGUCUAUGGCUCAGUUUUACCUGGCGCAGCUCGUGCAGGCCAUUCACUCGGUCCAUCAGAUGGGAUACGUGCACAGAGAUAUUAAACCAGAGAACGUUCUGAUCGACCGGACGGGUCACAUUAAACUGGUCGACUUUGGAUCGGCAGCCAGACUGACUGCUAACAGAACGGUCACAUGCUCCAAACUCCCGGUGGGCACUCAAGACUUCCUGGCCCCUGAGAUCCUGUCCACGCUCAAUGGAGGGCCGACGUGCAGCUACGGCCCCGAGAGCGACUGGUGGUCCCUGGGCAUCAUCGCUUAUGAAAUGAUCUACAUGAAAUCGCCCUUCGCUGACAGCACGUCCACAAAAACCAUCAACAACAUCAUGAACUUUCAGCGUUUUCUGAAGUUUCCAGAGGAACCCAAAGCCAGCGCUCAGUUUGUCGACCUGCUGCAGAGUUUGUUAUGUGGAUCGCGGGAGCGUCUGGGAUACGAGGGCCUGCGCUCACAUCCGUUCUUCUCCUCCGUCGACUGGACCAACCUGAGACACGCGCUCCCUCCAUUCGUUCCGUCUCUGCGUUCCGAGGAUGACACCUCCAAUUUCGAGGAGCCUGAGAGGCCCCCCCGCCCCGCGGCCGCUGCCCAGCGAGAUCAUCCUCGCUCAGGCUUCCACGGACGAGACCUGCCCUUUGUAGGGUGGUGCUUCAGUCGGGCCCUGAGCGCACUGGCCAAGUCUGAAUCGGUUGGCACAGGGCUCAACUCUCCUGCCAAGACCAACUCCAUGGAAAAAAAACUGCACCUCAAAAGCAAAGAACUGCAAGACACUCAAGACAAAUGUCACAAGAUGGAGCAAGAGAUCUCACGGUUUCAGCGUAAGAUGACUGACCUGGAGUCAGUCCUCCAGCAGAAAGAUGUGGAGCUCAAAGCCUCCGAGACCCAGAGGAGCAUCCUGGAGCAGGACCUCGCCACCUACAUCACCGAAUGCAGCAGUCUGAAGCACAGUCUGGAGCAGGCUCGUGUUGAAGUGUCACAGGAAGAUGAUAAAGCUCUCCAGCUCCUCCAUGACAUCCGAGAACAGAGCAACAAACUCCAGGAGAUCAAGGAGCAGGAGUAUCACGCUCAGCUGGAGGAGAUGCAGGUGACCAUCAGACAGCUGGAGGAGGACCUGUCUGCCGCUCGCCGCCGCAGCGACCUGUACGAGACCGAGCUGCGAGAGUCACGGCUGACCAGCGAAGAGCUCAAGAGGAAAGCAGCCGAAUACCAGCAGAGGAUCCAGAAGGCGAAGGAGCAGGGGAAAGCGGAGGUGGAGGAGCUGCUCUCUAAACUCGAGAAGACGAACGCUGAGCAGCAGCUGAAGAUCCAGGAGCUGCAGGAUAAACUCUCAAAGGCGGUGAAGGCGAGCACAGAAGCCACGGAGCUGCUGCAGAACAUCCGUCAGGCCAAAGAGCGUCUGGAGCGAGAGCUGGAGCGUCUGCACAGCAAAUCUGACCCCAGCGACACGCUGCGCAGACGCCUGCGAGAGACUGAGGAUGGCAGAAAGACUUUGGAAAACCAAGUGAAGCGUCUGGAGAUGGUGGAGCGUCGAGAGAAUAAACUGAAGGACGACAUCCAGACCAAAUCCCAACAGAUCCAACAGAUGGCUGAGAAGAUACUGGAGCUUGAGGAAAACUUGCGGGAGACUCAGACUACAGCGCAGAGGAUGGAAGCCCACCUGGUCCAGAAGGAGCGACUCUAUGAGGACAAAAUCAAGGUUCUGGAGGCUCAGAUGAAGGCAGAUCUGGCAGAUAAAGACUGUCUGGAGCAGAAACGAGCUCAGCACGAGGAAGAGGCGCGUGAGAAAUGCAAACUCAUCAGUGAGCAGAAAGCUACCGUCAAAGCCAUGAACAAUAAGAUGAAGAGUCUGGAGCAGCGGAUCGCUGAACUCUCCGAGGCCAAUAAACUGGCAGCCAACAGCAGCAUUUACACACAGAAAAACAUGAAAGCUCAGGAGGAGAUGAUCUCGGAGCUGCGGCAGCAGAAGUUUUACCUGGAGUCGCAGGCGGGAAAACUGGAAGCUCAGAAUGCCAAACUGGAGGAACAUCUGGAGAAGAUGAGCCAGCAGGAGCAGAGCAGGAAGAGCCGCGUUCUGGAGCUAGAGACCAGACUCAGAGAGAUGGGUCUGGAGCACGAGGAGCAGAAGCUGGAGAUCAAGCGUCAGGUGACGGAUCUCACGCUCUCACUGCAGGAGAGAGAGUCUCAGAUCAGCAGCCUGCAGGCGGCGCGACACGCGCUCGAGAGUCAGCUACAGCAGGCCAAGACCGAGCUGGAGGAGACGACAGCCGAAGCAGAGGAGGAGAUCACUGCGCUGAGAGCCCACAGAGAUGAGCUUCAGCGCAAAUUUGACGCGCUCAGAGACAGCUGCUCGGUGAUCACGGACCUGGAGGAGCAGCUGACCCAGCUGACCCAGGAGAACGCCGAGCUGAACCGGCAGAACUUCUACCUGUCCAAACAGCUGGACGAGCUGACGGUGGAGAGCGAGGAGCGACUGCAGCUCAGUCAAGACGUGGACCGUCUGCGCAGAGAGGUGGCCGACCGAGAGAUGCACCUCAACAACCAGAAACAGAACAUCGAGACUCUGAAGACCACAUGCAGCAUGCUGGAGGAGCAGGUGGUGGAGCUGGAGAGUCUGAACGAUGAGCUGCUGGAGAAGGAGAGACAGUGGGAGAACUGGAGAUCCGCUCUGGAGGAUGAGAAGAGCCAGGCGGAGCGCAGAACCAGAGACAUGCAGAGACUGCUGGACAACGAGAAGCAGAACAGGUUGCGAGCGGAUCAGCGCAGUACAGAGUCUCGGCAGGCGGUUGAGCUGGCGGUCCGCGAACACAAUGCUGAGAUCGUGGCUUUGCAGCAGGCACUGAAAGAGCAGAGACUGAAAGCAGAAAGUCUGUCUGAUACUCUCAAUGACCUGGAGAAGAAACAUGCCAUGCUGGAGAUGAACGCAAGGAGCCUUCAGCAGAAACUCGAGACGGAGAGAGAACUCAAACAAAGACUCAUGGAAGAGCAAGGGAAGCUGCAGCAGCAGAUGGACCUGCAGAAGACGCACAUCUUCAGACUGACGCAGGGACUGCAGGACGCAACAAUGUCCACAUUGCGUCUCAAACUCAUCCGUGUCUUCAUGUUCUUCCUCCUGGUCUCUUCUCAGGCCGUCUACUCGCACGAGAAAGUAAAAAUGGAGGGAACCAUCUCACAGCAGACCAAACUCAUCGACUUUCUGCAGGCCAAGAUGGACCAGCCCACCAAGAAGAAGAAGGGUAUUUUCGGGCGGCGGCGUGAGGAGGUGGGCGUCACGGCUAACAGCGCCGCCGCGGUCUCGUCUCAAUCCGCCGUUCCCCUGCAGUACGGCGACAUGAAAGCAGCGCUGGAGAAGGAGCGAGUGCACUGCUCAGAGCUGGAGGAGGCGCUGCAGAAGAUGAGGAUCGAGCUGCGCUCCUUACGAGAAGAGGAGUGUCGUACUCUCUGCCACCCCAAGUGUUCCCCGUGUUUGCCGGCGACCUGCGGUCUUCCUGCUGAAUACGCCACUCACUUCUCUGAGGCUCUGUGUCGGGAUAAAGCCAGCUCCCCUGUGCUGCAGGUCAAAGAGGCCUCGGGUCACAUGCGUCUGGAGGGCUGGAUGAAGCAGCCCAGGAACGGUAAGAGAGGGCAGCAGGGCUGGGAGAGGAAGUAUGUGGUGCUGGAUGGGACGAAGUUAUCGAUCUACGAGUCCGAGCCGACCGAAGACUCGGUGAAGCCGCUGGAGGAGUUUGAGCUGUGUUUGCUGGACGGUGAGGUGACGGUGCACGGAGCCGUCGGAGCCUCGGAGCUCAUCAACACGGCCAAAUCAGAUAUCCCGUACGUGCUGAAGCUGGAGUCUCAUCCUCACACCACGUGUUGGCCGGGUCAGUCUCUGUACUUCAUGGCUCCUAGUUUCCCAGAUAAGCAGCGCUGGGUGGCUGUUCUGGAGUCAGUGGUGGCCGGCUGCCGAGGAUCCCGAGAGAAAAGCGAGGCGGACGCGAAGCUGCUGGGAAACUCUUUGCUGAAGCUGGAGGGAGACGAUCGGCUGGAUAUUAACUGUACUUUACCAUUAACUGACCAGAUCGUGCUGGUGGGCUCAGAGGAGGGUCUGUACGCUCUGAAUGUCAUCAAGAACUCCCUCACACACAUCCCGGGACUCGACUCUGUUUUCCAGAUCCAGGUCCUGAAGGAGCUCGACAAGCUGCUCAUGAUCACCGGUGAGGAGCGCGCUCUGUGUCUGGUGGACAUCAAACGGGUCAAACAGUCUCUGGCUCAGUCUCAUCUGCCGGCGCAGCCCGAUCUCAGUCCCUACAUCUUCGAGGCGGUGAAGGGCUGCCAUCUCUUCGCUUCCGGAAAGAUCGACACAUGCAUGUGUAUCUGUGCUGCGAUGCCCAAUAAAAUCACCAUCCUGCGCUUCAACGACACGCUCAACAAGUUCUGCAUCAGAAAGGAGAUCGAGACGUCUGAACCCUGCAGCUGCAUCCACUUCACUGGAUACAGCAUCAUCAUCGGCACCAACAAGUUCUACGAGAUCGAGAUGAAGCAGUACGUGCUGGAAGGUGAGAUGAUACACAACACUGAAACACACACACACUCAUACACACACGCCUCGUCCCACAGCUUCCCCAUCUCCAUCAUCCAGGUGUCCAGCGCGCCGCAGAAAGUCGAGUACCUGCUCUGCUUCCACGAGUUCGGUGUGUUUGUGGAUGCAUACGGCCGCAGGAGUCGCAGUGAUGACAUCAAAUGGAGCCGCCUGCCUCUGUCCUUCGCGUACCGAGAGCCGUACCUGUUUGUGACCUACUUCAACUCUCUGGACGUCAUCGAGGUUCAGAGUCACUCUGCGCUCGGGCCUCACGCUUACGCUCACCUGGACAUUCCUAACCCGCGUUACCUGGGUCCGGCCAUCUCGUCCGGCGCCGUGUAUCUGGCCUCGUCCUUCCAGAACAAGCUGCGUGUGAUCUGCUGCAAAGGAAACCUGAGUCAGGAGGCAUCGACUGCAGAGCCGCAGAGAAACGGCUCCACGCGCAGCCCAAACAAGCGCGGUCCUCCCACCUAUAACGAGCACAUCUCCAAGCGUCUGGCUGGUAUGCCCGAUGUACAGGAGGGCCUCUACCAGCCCGGGACGCCCCACCGCUACCACGAGGCUCGCACCGAGUUCAGGCGGGACAAGUCUCCCGUGCGGCCCCUGGACAGAGAGAAGCCCCCGGGCCGGCUGGAGCGGUCCCCCGGCAGGAUGAUGGACCCUCGGCUGGACUGCUCACCGGGACGAGUCAUGGACCUGCGCAGGGAGAGGUCACCCGGCCGCGCGUUUGAGGAGCCCCGCCAAAGACUGCACACGGGAUCAGCUCGAACCCCUAUCAACACUGUUAACAAGGUGUGGGAUCAGUCAUCGGUGUAAGAGUCAUCAGUGAAGAACAUCAGAUCUCGUCCGGAUGAGGAAACUCUCAGCACAACGUCUCGCUCACAAGGCCUUACAAACACAAGACGGUCACACACAGAUCCGGCCAGCGUUUACUAAACCUCACACAUACACACACUCUCUCUCUCUCUCACACACAUACACACACUCUCUCUCUCACACACACACACAUAC